AUGUCUGGCCCCGCACCCACGGGUCCCACUUCCCACGGUCACUCACUACCGUGCACUGGUCCACCAGCCUGCUUUCCCCAACAACCCCCGCUACCGGUACGCUCCCAUGAGCGCCAAGUCACCGAUAGCCACCAACUGGGUGACUCCCUUUGGGAGUCCCAGUAUCCCAUGCUACCGGUACGCUCCAUUGAGCGCCAAGUCACCGCUAGCCAACUGCUCCCAGCACACCCGCUACCGGCACGCUCCCAGGAGUGCCAAGUCCCCGUUAGCAGACAGCCAGGUGGCUCCCUCAAGGAGCCCAUGUCAUACUCGCUACCGACACUCAUCCCAUUCCGCUCUCCCUCCAAUGGCUAUGCAGCCACCUCCAUUACAACACACCUCCUUCUUCCCCCCACACCACCUCUACUCCUCCUUACCUCUCCGACCCAAUCUCCGUCCGCUCCGAUACUCACCUCGGACCGAACACCGCCCCUCACACCACCCUCCUACUACUCCUCCUCCUCCUACUCCGCUCCCCCUUCACAACACCUCCACCCUCCCGUCAUCCUCCUACGCUUCCCCCGUCCGCUCCGAUACUCACCUUCGGACCUGACAACCCUCCUUUCCGCCACUCCUUCCCCUUACCUUUCCCCUCUCUCCUCCCUCUGGUACUCCUCCGCCACCCUUCCGCCAAGUUACGACCUUCCACCGCUGUCCCGUACUUCGUACUCGGACACUGCUUGUACCUUUGCUCCGAGCCUCUGUCAUAGUCCCUACCUCGGACUUUGA